UGCCGCGGCUCUGUUAAACUGAGCUCAGCGUUGCACUACCAGGUAUGCGGAUCAGACUGCAUAGCUCAGGCCAUGCGGCCCUGAUCCUCUCCGAGCUCAACCGCUGCCGUUUGUCUCGCCUGCUGUGUGAUGUGGUCCUCCAGGUUGGAGGACGAUCCUUCCCUGCUCAUCGUGCAGUGCUUUUCUGUGCAAGCUCCUACUUCAGCAGCCUGUUAUCCAGAGGCGUGUUCAGCCAGGGUGGAGCUCUCCCAACCUUAACGCUGGACUUUAUCUCACCAGCCAACUUUGAGAAAGUGUUGACAUUUAUUUACACAGGUGAGAUAUUUGCUGAUCUGAUAGAUGUUGGUGUUUUGUAUGAACUGGCAGAACGACUGGGUGUCAGGGAGUUGGUACGUGCGUGCCAUGCAACCUUCCCAGACAUGAAGAGCACAGAUGGAGAUGCAGAUACAGAUAUAACCACCACUCCUGCCACCACCAUGGCUGCCUCCAUGUGUUCUUCAUCUGUGGCAUCCUGCUCCUCUUUGUCUUCUCCUGUUGCUCCCACUCCAGUGGCUCCUUUCCCACUUCAUCAGAGCAGAGGGAACAGGGUGAACCGUGUUCAUGUGGCCCCUCUCUCGCAGACCCUAAAGUCUAAACCGGAGGAAGGCUUCCAGGUGCAUUUGAAUUAUAGUCAGGUAGCAGACAGUAAGCAGAACCCAUUGGGUAACCACACUCAACCACCUGAGAUCCUCCCAUCUUUAAAUAUCCAGCUUAAAACAGAACAAGAAGAGAAGAAGGUGGAUGAAAACCAUACCUCGAAGGAGCAAGCCAUUAUUAGUGGUAGCAAAGCAACACUUUCAGAAGCAUGUUCAAUUCCUGACUCAUCUGCACAGGCUUCAGCUGAGACGUGUGCGCCAUCGUCUUCCUCGGGGGAUCCAAUAGACAACCUGCAGCUGAGAGUUGUUGAGAGUGGAACUGAAAUAGUCAAAGGUGGUGUUCUGUUUGGGGAGGAAGACGAUGCAGAAAAAAGAAGCCUUCAAGAGGGGUCUUUAGAGGAUGGAGAGCAGUGGAGAGCGCUGGCGGGGGACAUCAUUGAACUGAGUGACGAUGAAGAGCAUUAUAUGGAGGAAGAAGAGGAAGACGAGGACCUGAUGUGCAUAGAGAAUGGCGAAAACAGUGCCUCAGUAAAUCGGGCUAGGUUGGCACUGUCUUCACAGCCUUGCAAAGCGUGUGGGGUGUUGCUGCCUGCCGAUAACAGCAUCCUACGCUCUCAUGCAGAAACACACCUGUCUGAGACGGGCACAUGCAGAGUGUGUGGCACUUCUUUCCCAGACAGAUCAGCCAGCGUGGCUCAUGCCCUCACGCAUGUCGGUAUCCUGUUGUUCUCCUGCGAGAUUUGCGAUUCACAGUUCUGCACCGAGUCUGAACUUAUCCGUCACAGACGCCAGUCAGCAGCCAGAUGCAUCCCUCAAACACCUGAUCAGUUAAGCAACGCUUCUGAAGGGCCAGAAGAAGAACUGCAGUGUGCAGUGUGCGCUAAAUCUGUUCUCAAGGAUUUUAAGGCUGUCAGAGAGCACAUACAGAAUCAUGUAUGUUUGCCGACGAUGCGCUGUGGCGUGUGUCAGUCGGCCCAACCUACCCAGUGCGCUCUUCUAUGGCACACACUCACACACCUUUUCCUCAUCCACUCCUGCCCGCAGUGUGCCUGUCCCUUCCUGGAGCGCUCUUUACUGGACACACACGUAGCCUUGCACACUGAACAAGCAGGAGUGACCAAAGAAAACGAAGGCAGUCAGGACGGUGUUGCAGAAGGACUGGGCGAGUUUCAGUGCUUCCUGUGCCCACAGACCUUCCCAUCGGAUGCAGCGUUCCAUUACCACCUGAGCACGCACCCCAGCGAGUCCCAGGUGUGGCCCGUUAAACGCAAGGCAGACCAGCCGCUGGAGUUUUCCUCCUCUUCCUCCUCCCCGUUAGAGCCUGGCGCUUUGGGGAAACUAGGCAAUCUGGGUUUUAACAUGGGUGCAUUCAUGUCAGACAAAUUAAUUCAAGGCGGGAUGCCAUUUCCUCCUGGACUUCUGCAGAACGGCUGCAGCUCCUCUGGUUCCGCUCAGUCUGGUCUGGUUAUGAAGCAGAAGUGGUACCGCUGCCGAUAUUGUGGCAAACGCUUCGCACACUCAGGAGAGUUCACGUACCACCUGCGCAUUCACACAGGAGAGAAGCCGUAUCAGUGUAAGGUGUGCCUGCGCUUCUUCCGUGGUCGCUCCACUAUGAUAUGCCACCUGAAGACACACGCCGGUGCCCUCAUGUACAGGUGCACGGUAUGCGGCCUCUACUUCUCCACACUCAAGAUGGUCUCGUCACACAUGGAGAUUCAUAAGGACCAUUUACCUCCAGAUUUCAACAUCGAGGAGACAUUUAUGUACAAUGACCACUCCAAAGAACCCAUCCCUAAUCUGGACACCUGAGAUUUAUAAUGCCGUGCCUCAAAAACCUAGCGACUGUGUUAGUGUGGUGGGACCAAGUGUCUGUAGAAUUAGGAUGCAACUAAAUGUUUUAGAACGGGGGUUUUCAAUCUGUGACCCGUGGGCCACUCACGGCCUAUGAGAGUUGACAUUGCUGUGCACUUGUGUACUCUAUGCAUUAAUGCACUUGCAAGGCCCAUGAGACCUGCCUUUGUCUGCUGUUGCUGCCCAUUGUCGUCUAGCUGAAGGAAAGGUUUGAGAAUCACUGUUUUAGAGACUGGGGAGGGUUAUUUUAAAGAAAUAGACAUUUUAAUGUUUGGUAGUUACAGUUCUUGCAUUGCCACUUGGUGGCAGCAUUUAAGUAUUGUGAGGGGACCCUGACUGUUGUCCAUGCAAAUUUUAGAUUUGAGAAUUAGUUUAGUUUAGUUUAUUGUUUGAUGUUUUUUCUUCCAAUCUACAUGUAAUUAAUAUAAGCUAAAUGUAAAUAUUCCAGAGCGUUACAACAGCAUGUUGUAUCAGUUUGAGGAGAUGGUAGUAUAAAUGGGCAUUGUGUAAUAAACAAGCAUUGUUAGGUGGCAGGAUCUAACUAGAGUUGCCAACCUUCCUCAGUUGACCCAGAGACUUUGGUAUUGAGCCUUAGUUUAAAUUUAGCCUUUGAAAUAAAGAUACUAC